AUGGAAACGAAGUCCUAUCGGCGGAUAUACGAGACAAUACUGGCGAAUCAUAUCGGCAAGUAUCGGCAGAUGGUCUUGCUUUCGGGACCGCGCCAAGUCGGGAAGACGACGCUCGGCGAGACGUUGUCCGGUAUUUGCCUGAACUGGGACGACGAUGAUGUGAAGCGUACGAUCAUGUCCGGACAGUCCGAGACGGUGAAACGAUACGGACUCGCCGGGAUGUCCGAGACCGACAAGGUGGUCGUGUUCGAUGAAAUCCACAAGUACACGCGGUGGAAGCAAUUUCUGAAGGGCUUCUACGAUGUUUACGGGAGGAAUGUCCGGAUCGUCGCCACAGGAUCGGCGAAGAUGGAUGUCUACAAGAAGGGCGGAGACAGCAUGAUGGGGCGUUAUUUCCCCUACCGCAUGCAUCCGCUUUCUGUCGCGGAACUCCUGGAUGUGACGAUUCCGGGCGAGGGACUUGUUCGCAGUCCCCGCGAGCUUGCGAAGGACGAAUGGGAUGCGCUGGUGCGGUUUGGCGGCUUCCCUGAUCCGUUUGUGAAGCGGGAUGUGCGGUUUUCGCGUCGGUGGCAGUCCCUUCGCUUUGAACAGCUGACGCGAAUUGAUGUCCGGGAUCUCACCCGUGUUGCGGAGCUUGACCAGCUUGCGGCCCUGGCGCGGAUUCUGUCCCUUAGGUCUGGGGAGCAGUUGGUUUACAAGAAUCUCGGCAAUGAAGUCGGCGUGGACGAGAAGACGGAAUGUCGAGAACUCAAUCCGUAA